AUGGCCAGGCAAAUAUUUGCGCUGUGUAGACAGUUUUCCCCAAGGCCCACCCUUAGGUUCAUCAUAUUUGGCUUGCUUCUUUCCGGUGUAGCGAUCGGCGUUGACUCUGGCGUGAGCCCUGUCCCCGGCAUCGACUGCUCCACGAAAAUAGCUUGCGACGAUCUGCAUCUAGACAAAUGGGACCGGCCAACAUGCGUGGCCAAGAUCACAACGCGACAGCGCGUGGACCCAAACUUCUCGAGACUAUAUGAUACAGAGGAAUACUUCCAGCGUCUCCCCAACGGCACGCUUGCCAACACAGAGGACAACAUGGUGGUGACGAGACGGGGCUGCGAUGAGUUCUGCGGCAGCCACUCCUUCUAUUGGGAUGCAGUCCCGCGUCUAACAACAUGGAUCAUCCCCGUCGUGAUCCUGUUGAGUAACAUCGAGUUGAGCCCCAUUGACAAGCGCCGGUUCAUGACAGUGGUGCACGCCGUCGGUGACCCCAUCGACAGCUUCUGGAGCGUCCUUCACAAGAUGUACGUUUGGCGCCGUCUGUACGCCAUCGGCUUGAGCGCGUGCUUGCCUCCAGACAAUCAGACGGCAAGCUCCUUGUGGCUACCGCAUGUCUACAGAUGGUUACGGCGGCUGCGCAUCGGCGCUGGCUACGACUCGCCACAUGACGACUCGCUGCAAUACCACUCGCCGCAUGACCGCGCCCGGAUCAUUGCCACAGUGCUGGCAGGUUUCGAGGAGAUCAGCGGAGCGAUGAUCGGGUCGGAGAUACACUACAAGAUGCAGCUCAAGCGACUUGGUCGCAUUGGACAAAUCGCAGAGCAAUCUCCCGGCGCAUGGCAUGAGUGGCGACAAUGCGCCCGCGAGCUGGCCGACGCGCGCACCAACGAGUUCCUUCGCACGCUGUUAGCCAUCUUUGUCUACGUCUUCGGUGUCGUGGCGGCCCUCUACGACGAUGUCGGCGGCGGUAACACCAGCAAGCCGGGCGGUCGCAUAGGCAGCGCAGUCUUUCUCAUGUGGCUGGUGCCUCUGGCCCUGCUGAGCAACACCGUCGGCACCUUCACCAGCCGUCGUACGUGCCUGACAAUUAUGCGAGGUUUCGUCAAGAGGGUGGUUGAGGCUAUACGGCGUGAGGAUGUGGUGAGGGACGAAGAGGAACAACGACAGCAACAAGAACAGGGACAGCGGACGUCAGAAGAUCAGAGAGAGGGCGAGACGGGCCAGCAACCUAUAUUCACUCUCCCCAGCCCAGUCCUGGGGCCCAGCACCUCAGUAGAGACGAGUCCUCGACUUCUCCCUCUCUCACCACCUAUGAAGCCAGCUCAUGCGCGAACGACGUCUCGCGAGCAUCUGCACCCACUGACGGACAGUCCAAGUGCUCGUGCCAGCACGCCAUCUUCCUGGCUCAGAGGCGAGUUCAGUGCAGCAAUCCCUCGCUCUUCUCCGGAAAUAGACCCUCUUUCUCCACCGUCAAUGGCGCGACCUAGAUCCGAUUCCCGACCGCUACCGGGUCACGUCCGUCAGUCACCCCGCGGCCACCGUGCAUCGUCGGAGAUCGACCCAGGAGACGAUUAUUACCGCGCAUCUGGUAGUACUGACACCGGCACGCCGCUCUUGACACUUUCGCCACUGCACGGCGAUAGCAGCAAGGCGCCUCUACUCGGCCCGUCCAUGUCGGCCAGGCCGCAAUUUCAGCCUCCGUCAUGGGAUGCCACCGGGAGCCGGACACCGGGAGAGCCGCGUGCCACAGGGCAAGGGGAUCGCCUUGUACAACGGCAAACCGAGCGUCAAGCCGAAAUCAUCGCAGACGACUACGACGUGGUUCAGCUUCUUCCCGAUACCUCUUGGAAUGCUUAUUUCUCCUGGCUACAACCACUAGGCGCCAUCUACACGUACCGGCCGUGGAAAAUCGGGUACCGGUCAGUUUCGAUAACAACCCACGCAGACUACAGAUCAAACUGGCUUCUUUUUCUGCUCGCGACCUUCCCCGUGGCCGUCAGUGCAGUGGGUGCAUUCAUAAUCAUGUGGUAUGCCGUGCCCAGGGCUGGAGCUGCAGACACACAUGGGUCUUGGGUGUGA